AUGUUAUUUAAAUUUGAUGUUAUAAUUCCACGUCAUAAUUAUUUUGGAGCAGCCAGGUUUUAUUGUGUUGAAACAAUUACAACACCAUGUGGUGUUGUAAUCACAUGGGUUAAAUUUGACAAAUCAGAGUCUCCUACCAAUAUCCUCAAUUGGUUAGAGAAGAUAUAUCCUACUGAAGAAUCUCGACCACACUACAUUUGCAUUGAUAAAGCUUGUCAAGUACUUCAAACUGCUAUUGCAAAUGGAAGUUGGAAUAGAUGGAAGAAAACAACCUGUUUCAUUGUCAACUCUUAUCAUUACAUCAAUCAUCACACCUUGGACUAUCUGUGCUGCAAGUGGUGUAACCCUGGUCCAUUAAAUGGUUCUGCGCCAAAUUUGGUCAAAGUUGCUUAUGAUAAAAAUAACCAGCCAUACUUUCAGCAUGCAUUCAAUACACAGGCAUGUGAGCAAUUGAAUUCUUGGCUAGGAGGUUUUGAGUCGAUUCUCAAACAAAUGAAAACUGGACAUUUUGAUUGGUUCUUGCAUACUAUGCUUUUUUAUCAUACUCAGCAUGUUAUCUGA